GACAGGAGCUCACUAUUCGGUUUUUUCUGCUUGUAGGGUCCAAAACACUAACAGAAACUCAGCCAAUGCAGAAGAUGAACCAAGGUCCAAAACCAAUUGAAAAAGAUGGAAAAAUAUUUACAAUAGCGUACAAUGGAACAGAAACCAACAAGAAAACGAAUCUAACUAACUCACAGACUGAAGUGGAUUUUGAAGAGGCGAUUAAAGAAACUGGAUAUGGAAAAUUCAACUACCUACUUCUUCUUCUGGCUUUUCCUGCCUCGUGUUCCACCACUUACGAAAGUACCUCCUUCUCUUUCGCUCUCCCGACGGCUUCAUGUGACUUGAAGCUGAACGCUUUCGAUCGAGGUUAUCUAAACGGAACUAUUUAUGCAGGCAUGAUAGUGAGCGCAUUCUUGUGGGGGUUUCUCAGUGACAAGUUCGGUCGACAGAAGGUUUUGGCGUUCGGAUACCUCGGAGAUGUCAUCUUCACAGUGUGCGUCAGCCUAUCAAGCAACUUUUGGUCCAUCUUGGGCUUCAAAUUCUUGAGUGGAAUAAUGAUAUCUGGGCCUUUUUCUAUUUUCAUGUCCUAUUUAUCGGAGAUGUUUAAUUCAAGGCAUCGAGAUUCUGUGGUCUUAGUUGUUGGGUUUUGUCAAGCUAUUGGAGGUGUUAUUCAACCAUGUCUUGCAUGGUUGAUCAUUCCUCAGAACAUCAAAUGGUCUUUCUUUGAUGGUCUAAUAAGCCUCAAUUCCUGGCAGCUAUUUCUCUUGGUUUGUGCCGUUCCCUCACUCAUAUCUGGGUUCAGCAUUCUCUUGUGCCAUGAAAGUCCGAAGUUCUUGCUUGCAAUGGGACGUGAAAAAGAGGCUCUUAGAGUGUUUCAAUCCAUUUAUUCUACGAAUAGUGGGAAACGCCAUACGUACUCGGUGAAAAGAUUGAAAGCUGAAACAGGUGCAAAUUCUCGCAUGAAGUUUUGGGAACAAAUGACUGCUUUGUUUCGACCACCUUAUCUUUACAAGGCUUUUUUAGCUUUCUCUAUUCAGUUUGGAGGUCUUUCAACAUUGAACACAAUCAGGCUGUGGCUUCCACAGCUGUUUUUUUACAUCAAAGAAUCUCAAAGUGAUUCAAUGACCACUUGUGAAGUGAUCACAGGAAAUCACACAUUGGUCAAGCGAGUCGACUGUGAUAAUUUUAAGGUGGACACAUCUGUAUACUCCAAUAUGAUAUAUUCUAAUAUCCUGAUUGCAGUAGCUUUUGCCAUCAGCAUUGCUAUCAUUAAACACACCGGGAAAAAGAAACUAUUUGUUACCUUGUUCGUCAUACAGUCUGCAGUGAUAUGCUCGCUAGGUUGGUUACAUCCCACGAUAACAUCAUUUUUGGCACCGAUCUUUGUCGCUCUCGCAUACAACUCUAGCAUUGGGCUGCUGGGUUUUGUUGUGCAAAUCUUCCCCACAACAUUGAAGACAAUGGCUGUAAGUCUAACGAUGAUGUUUGGCCGCAUUGGAGUUGUUAUGGGAAACAUCUUAAUGCCUUACGCUAUUAACCUCUCUUGCACGGGGACUUUUCUGGGUUUUAGCGGCAUAACUUUGGUUUGUGGUCUUUUAGUACUCCUUUUAGCAGCAACUUCCUCGAAAAAAUCGUAAAACUCAGAUUGUCAGUGAAAAAAGAUUAAUUUAGUAGAACUCUCCAGGCCUUCAUGAGUUGCAUACUCUUCUUUUGGGACCACAAGUGUGAGGCUGAUUUGGAUUGAAGACUGAUUCUCUUUUAAUAAGAAGAUUUUGAAUUUAGUUGUGUAUGUUUAUAAAUAUUAUAUAUGAUGAAGAUAUUGAAAUAUCUGCUGGAAUUUGGAAUUAAACAUCGUAUAGCCAACUUUCACCUUUCUAUAUGAGAAUUUAACCUAUACGACUGAUAUAAAAAAUGUGUAGCAUUCAAUAAAGAACUCAAAAAACUAAAAUUGUCUAUAAUAAAAACUGAAUCAAAACGAUAUAUGAUAAAACAGUCAAGCAA